AUGCACAAAACCAGCAGGAUGCACUUUCUACCCAUCAGGCCGACCUCCAAGAGGGACCUGUGCAUCAUCGUAGCAGUCUUUGUUACUGUUGUGUUAUUCCUGCAUAACCCAUUUCUUGGCCAAAUCCGUCGGCCGGGAGGCACAUCUUCGUCAACAAGUUUAAUGAGCGCGAUCCAAAACCGCACAUUAGGCUUUCAAAAGAUUUUCGUUGUCGGCCUUCCAAGCCGGACAGAUCGCAGAGAUGGUAUGAUUCUGCAGGCUGCGCUGAGCGAGAUUGAGAUCGACUUUGUCGACGGUGUUCCUGGCAACACCGUAGUCGAUAAGGCGAUACCCAAGACGAGCGAGCAUGACCGCUUGCACGAUGGAGCCAUAGGCUGUUGGCGCGGCCACAUGAGUGCGCUCGAGGAAAUCGUUCGCCACAAUCUGUCUUCAGCCCUCAUUCUCGAGGACGAUGUCGACUGGGACAUCAGAAUCAGGCAGCAAUUGCACGACUUUGCUCUCUCAGCUCAGACGCUUACUCAGCCCCUGUUCGAUGGACCUUCAACAUAUGCUGACCCGACAUACCCGAGGCCGUCGGAAAACUCACCGGAGGUCGUACCGGACAUCCCCUUUAAUUUUCUCCCAGCUACUGUGGCGCCAAAGACUUCACCGUACGGAGACGACUGGGACCUCCUUUGGAUCGGCCAUUGUGGCAUGCACUUCCCGUUCCGGGACAACAAGAUUAUGCCAAAGGCUCGCGUCAUCCGCUCCAACGACGUGACGGUCGCUCCCAAGAAGAAUCUAUGGACGUUCAACAUUCCGUUCACUCUGAAGGAGACGUACCCGGAGCAUACGCGGGCAUACCACCACGUUCAGGAGGGUGUCUGCACCCUGGGCUAUGCGGUCAGCCAAAAGGGCGCGCGAAAGCUCCUACACGAGGUGGCUUUGAAGGACGUCAGCGAUGCGUACGACAUCCUCCUGAGAUUCUUUUGCGAGGGCGCCAAGGGGCGGAGACCACACAACUGCUUGACGACACAACCGGCUUUGUUCCACCAUCACCGACCGGCUGGUCCCAACAGUGCGAUGAGCGACAUUGGGAAUCACGGUGAUGGGUUCAGAGAUGUCAGUAUGACGGAUAUGGUGAGAUGGAGUGUACGUUUGAACGCCGAUGCGCUGCUGGAAGGGAGGACGGAUUUCUUUGAUCAAUAUCCUGAUGAUAAGUAA